UCCCUCGCCUCCGUCUCCUCCGCCACCGAGACCUCGUCCUCUUCCCCCCCGGAUCCCGCCGCCGCCGACAUGCCGUUCGUCCCGGGACCCUACUCCGGCGUCAGCACCCUCGCCCUCGUCGCUAGGGUGUCGGCCCUCGGCGUCGGCGUCGUCUACGGCUCCGUCAAGCUCGGCAUCCUCAAGGCGACCAAACCCCACAAGGAGGAGGCUGCUGCUGCUCACCACUGAGGGCAUGGAUGCUAGGCGGUAGCUCCAAUUGGAAUGACCCCGUAGAUUUCGCAAUGUAACUGCUCCUACAUACGCACAUGCAGUUUAUGAUUUGUGGGCCAUUGUCUGAAAACCCAAACCAAGUUGAGAGUUAAGUCUUGUAGUUUCGUUUUGUGUUGAUAAUAAUAUGCUCGGCUGAAUGAGUGAUAUCAGGAAGAGAAAUUCGAAUCUUUU